GUUAACUGAGCUCCUGUGAAGAUGUCCCACCAGCAAAACCAGCAGUGCCAGCCCCCUUCCAAGUGUACCCCCAAGUGCACCCCAAAGUGCCCCCCCCAAUGCCCAGCUCUAUACCCAGCCUCUUCCUGCUGUGGCAGCUCUGGGGGAAGCUGUGGAUCUGGGGGUGGCAGCUGCUGUCUGAGCCACCACCGGCCCGGCCUCUUCCACCGUUGCUGGCACCAGAGUCCUGACUGCUGUGAGUGUGACCCCUCUGGCGGCUCUGGCUGCUGUUCUGGCUCAGGCUGCUGCUGCUGCUGUGGGGCCAUGAGGACCACAGAAAAGAAGAUGAACGCCGAGCACAAAGCCUGCUCCAAUUUUUUGCUUCUCCUCCUCCCACUCCCUCUCUUCCCCACCCUAGGACUAAGUUGUUUUAAGCUAACUCAGGGAUUCCUGCACAUAGAAUUUUCUGCUUCUCUUCUAUUACCUUUGCAAAAAUAA